AUGUACACAACAAUGUCUUCUUCUCCUAAACAUUUUGUGCUCCUUAUCCUUUUAGGGCUCUUCCUAACAACUAGUGAUGCCCGUGGUCUAUUUCAUCCAGAGUUGUUGCACGUUCGAAUGUUCAAUUACAUAGGUCCAGAUAUCGAACUUAGUCUUCAUUGCCAGUCAAAGGACGAUGAUCUUGGAUUACAAAAGAUUCCCUACAAAGUUUCAUGGGGAUUUAGGUUUCACAGUAAUCCUUGGGGUACAACACAAUUUUACUGCAACUUUGCAUGGCAAGACCAGUCCCACUGGUUUGAUAUUUUCAUUAACAAGAGAGACUAUGACUAUGACGAGGUGGAAGCACAUCCUUGGUAUUUAUGGACAAUCCAACCCGCUGGCGCUUGCAAAUUGAAUUAUAAUACCAAUAUAUUUGAUAUUUGCUAUCCGUGGAACCCACCUCCUGCUUAGGGAUACUCAUAACAUGAUCGUAAUACAUGAUCAAUGUGUGC